AUGGCGUCUUCCGACAAGUUUGUCUUCCUUUCAACUCUGGUUGUUGUUCUUUUUCUCCUUCCUGUACCAGCUUCCUCACACGACGCGGCGAACCACAAACCAGUCCUUGAAUACCACGGAAGUCCUGUCCUCAGCGGUGACCUGAAAAUUGCCGCGAUAUGGUAUGGCACCGUCGGCCGCGUCCAGAAAUCAGCCAUCCACAAAUUCACCCGCUCACUAAACAAAGACAACACACGUGGAGCCACAUGUGUCGGCAUGGUGGAGAGCUAUCAAAGUGCAGUCCCUGGAGGCCCCAAAACAAGCCCUACCAUUCGAGUGCGCGUCGCCAGGAAAAUAACCGACAAGUCAUAUUCCAUCAACAAAAUCUUAACCCAAGAUUUCAUACCAGGUCUUAUCAAGGAAGCAACCGGCGGAUCCACACAUUUGGUGACUGCCAUCUUCGCAGCGAAGAAUGUUUCGGUGCAGAAUCUGUGCAGUGGCAAAUGCUCAGACCAUGGGGUGGUGGACACGGGGCCGGAUGCUCAGCUGUACACGCUGAUCGGGAAUCCGAUGCUAGAAUGCCCUGAAGCAUGCGCUUGCCCGUUCUAUAAGUCCGGGGCUAAUUAUCCGAUGCCUCUACCAUUGCAGCCAUCGAACAAGGAUGUGGGCACUGACGCCAUGGUCAUCAACUUUGUUGCAGCCCUAGCUAGUCUCGUCACCAAUCCUUCCUUAGUUUGGUUUGAGGGAUUGAGUAACACCAUGGACAGAGCACAAGUUUCUUACCAGACGCCGCUCGCAGUGCUUUAUUUCUUGACCGAUCGGCAAAGACUGCAAUCUCUCGGUUGCAGUGGACUUUUAUCUCAAUGA